AUGACGGUGGAGAUGUACCGUACUCCUAAGAAGAUGGUGGAAGAGCUCUCGGGCCUCGGAUUGAGGCAUGUGGGCUAUGGUGUGCCUACCGAGCUCUUCUCGCCCUAUGUGUCGGCAGCCGUCGAGGUGAUCCGUGGGGUGACUACCGACGAAACGACGGAGACGGCUUUCCGGUGGUCCCUCACGCUGAUUGCAAAAAUCAUGGCCCUGACCUCAGUUCGGACCUUGGUGGAGGGCUCCACGGUGGUCAUGCAGGCCAUUAACACCAACGUGGAGAAGAAUCUUCGGAGGGCCAUUUCAGUGGCUCCGCGUGGCAAGAGAGCCAUGGAGCUGCUGAAGAUCACGGUCGGUACGCAGUCGAUCUCUCCCCUGUAUUGGGCCAUCGAGUCCGGCAGCUUGAUCUGUGCACAGGCCAUGCUUCAGGACCUGCUGACGAUCCGGGCUGACAGGGACAACUACUACUAUGGAGCCGACGCUCUUUUUACUCGACACCCAGAGGUCAUCAAGAAGUUGGCAUCCAGCGCACCAUCGCUCCUGGACUGUCUCCUCGAGGGGUUGAUUUGGCGUUCUCGGGUGAUCGUCAACGGCACGAGAAGGGUCAAUUGCUACUUGAAGCACCUUGUGCAAGACAUAGAUGGAAACCCUCAUCAAGCUCUUCAGUGGCUUGUAGAGUAUGGUAAUCCCAUCACCAUCAGCAUGUUCACCGUGGUUUUGUUAUUCUGGCAAGCUUGCGAAAGAUACACGGUGGAGCAUGGACCGAAGUUCAAUUUGGGCAGAACGAAAUCAGCCAUUCUCGCGAUCGACAUCCCUGCAGAGGAGGAGCUUGAUUUGGCUAGCUGCCGCUACAUGCAGUUGCAAGUACCAGUCGUCCAGCACUACACUUACAUGGGCAUCACCUUCGACGCCACGCUGUCCAUGGACUCACACCUUGCAAGCACUCUGGCGCGAAUGAACUCCCGCUUUGAGGAACACAUGGCCUGCGGCGUCGACGCAGACAAACUGGUGUCGUGA